GAAGCUGGAGUUUGCAAAGUGGCUCGACCACUCCUUCCCUCCAAGCUCGCACCGGAACUAUGCCGAUAGCUUCCGCCCUGGGCCAGUGUGCCUCCGCCCUUGGCACCUUCACUGGCGGUCUGACUACGGGCUAGCGGGUCACGCAGAUCCAGAGGAGCACCUCAGGUUGUGCGAGUUGAUUUUGACGACUGGCUUCAGGACCGACAGCGACUUGCUUGGCGUGGAGCGUUUGGCGGUGUUCAUGCCUACGGACGAAUGGCUCGAUGGGACGCAGGGCGGCUUGGAGUGCCUGCCACCUUUGGAGCCUGGAAGUCAACUGCUGCGGCCCUUUUCGAUCGGCUAUGUCCUCAAGAAUGCUAAAGCGAUGGAAUCUGCAGAAGUGGACCCCUGCCCUGAUUGGAAUAGCGCCAGCAAUGUGGCGAAGGCGUUCGCCAUUGGGGUGAAGGAAGCAACUGCGGUCAGUUGUUUGACCAAGGUCAAUCCGGAAGUCUGCGAGUUGCUCCGUGCCGCCAUUCGCGGCAUGAGGCCGUUUUUGCAACACGACGUGAUAGCAAAAGAAUGCUUCAAUGUCGGAUGGAGCAGCGGGAAAAUCAGCGAGUUCGAAGCGUGGCGCAUCCAGCUUACCAACACAGACGAGCUGGUAGCGCUAUUUGUGGACAGGCUGAUCAAAGACUGGGAUCGUCAGCCAGUGGGACUCAAGAAGAGCUGGGGGUAUCGGGAAGCUGCCCAGCUUCACGCAGUUUGCGGUGCUUUCAUCCAUUACACAAACGUGCUGAAGGCCAAGAUCUCCGAGGAAACCUAUCAGGCUGAACUGCCGGGUCUGAAGGAACAAUUUGCAGGGUCAUUUCUUGACCCAGAGCUUUUGCAUUCGCUGCAAAGUUCAGUGCCUCCUGGCGACAUCAGUAGCAUCAGUGUGCUGAGGGACAUCGUGAAGGCCUCCGAGCAACGACUUUCCCGAGAAGCUGAGCAGUGCAACGAGGAGCUAGAGAAAAAACUCCAUGAAGCCACUUUGCAACAUCUCAAGGCGAAGGUUGAGCAAGAUUUGGAGCUGCUGCGAAAGCGCAUGCCCACCAAGGAGGCAGAGGCUAUAGAGUCUGCGCUUGAUGUCAAGUACGUUAGAGACCGACAGAUGUGCUUAGGCAGCAGCUGGGUGCAAGAGUGGUUGCAGGACAAGUGCAAACUGAACGUUUCGGAUGAGAAAGGUUUGGAGAUGGUGCUCGCAAUUGUGGGGCUGGAUACAACGCUGUGGCCAUCCAACGUGAAGUUGCUGAACGAUGCUGUGAAGAUCACGAGCAAUGUCUUGCACAUGAGCGCGGGCAAUUGUGCCCACAUCCAGCUGCCGCUGUGUCACGCAGCGACAACCCAUGCGACGACGUUGAAGCACAUCAGAAACCUCCAAGAUUUGCUGCUGAACGCCCAGCUGGACAUUUCUUCCGAAGUGGCCCUCAUCUUUACGAAAGACGAUGCUGCCAGAAGUGACAGGCGCAAGACGAUGCAACAGCGCUACUGUGCAACGACUAAGCAGUUCAGGAGCGAGAGUGCCUGGAACAAUUCCAAGGCUGUGCAAGUCAGCCACAUCCCAGGGCUGCAGCUUAUCAAGGUCACUGACAUGCUGGGAUACGACGAUGUCACCAAACCCACUCCAGGGGCGAGGGUCGAGCAGACGCUCAGCCAAGCUAGCCGGCUUUUGGUUUAA